AUGGCAAAGGAAACCGCAGACUCGGAGAUCAACGAGAUCCUGUCGUUGGAGAGUGUCCGAACACAGGCCCAACAUGUUCUAGAAGCCGCAAGGAACGGCCUCUUGAACCAUUUCGACUUUGAUGAAAGUCGGAUGCCCGAAGUCGCUGAUUUUGUCAUGUCGAUUAUCUCGCGAGACUUUGGCCCAGAUAAGUACGACCAGAUCCCGCCUCAUGGACGAUGGCAGCAGUUCAAUACCGGGAGCCGAGAACGGAUUGGCCCGCUCCUGGAACAAUGGACUGGCCAGGGUUGUGACCAGACCGAGCUCGCACGUCGCAUGGUCGACCUGUUGUUUGUGUCCGUGUUAAUGGAUGCUGGCGCCGGCGAUGUCUGGCAGUUCCGGGAGCCUGGGACCGGGCAGACUUUUGGGAGGAGUGAGGGCAUUGCGCUGGCUACUCUGCACAUGUUCUCGGGUGGGAAAUUCCAAUCACAGGUGGCGGGUGGUCACAUUGUUGACGCUCGUGGUCUCGCCAACAUGAGCGAACAAACAAUGGAGCAGGGAUUCCAGAUUUCGGGUCAGAAUGAGAUGACGGCUUUUUCGUCUCGGGUCACACUACUCAAUCGACUGGGCCAGUCACUACUCAACCUUACUCACAUCUUUGGAGACGCCGGCCGUCCCGGGAAUCUGGUUGACUACCUGCUCGACAACUCGGCCGACGCAAAGGUCCUCGACUUUGCCUUCCUGUGGCAGACAUUACAGCAGCUGCUUCUGCCCGUCUGGCCCGAAACCCGCCCACACAUUUCCGGGCGCCCGAUAGGCGACGCAUGGCCACUGCGAGUGCUUGCGCAGCGCGCCGCUGCCGCCGAAGGGACAGGGAAUCAGCACCCACUGACCGGGCAUAUCCAGCCCUUCCACAAGCUGACCCAGUGGCUCGCGUACUCGCUCAAGGUGCCGUUCGUCCGACUUCUCGAUCUGCGAUGGCGCAACGAGCACCUCAGCACGGGACUCGCAGAGUACCGCAACGGGGGCAUCUUCGUGGACAUUCCCGUGCUGCGCCUGAAGCCCGAGGCGUUGAGACGCGGGCAGGCGCUUUCGAGCCAAAAGCCGCUGCCUCAAUUCGACAACACGGGCGACGAAAUCGUCGAGUGGCGCGCCAUGACGGUCGCGCUGCUGGACGAACUGCACAACAUGCUUCAGGCGCGGUUUAAAGAGAAGAACGUCUCCUUGACGCUGGGCCAGAUGCUCGAGGCCGGCACCUUCAAAGCCGGCCGGGAGCUGGCUGCCAAGUUCAGACCCGCGACCAGAUCCAGCCCGAUCCUGAUAUCCGGGGAUGGAACUCUUUUCUGA